AGGGUUGUAACGUCAAUUCUUAUCAGCGUAUCACGGAUUAAGCAACGGUCGCAUCCCAUUUAUCCAUCCUCUCUUCGUUCGCAACUCAUCCCUCCUGCCUAUGCACGACUCUUUAUCGCAACACGCGAAUCUCGUAUAUCUGGAUCUUUCGGCGAUCUUUCUGCAUCCCUGCAAUCGAUCGAUGCCAGCUAAUCGAUAAGCCCUCAUACCCUCAGACGCAUAAACAUCGGCUGCGGGCGUCAUUAUCAUUCGCUUUCCAAGGGCAUCGCCUACGACUCGUCACGUUCUUGUUGAGCUUCAAGAACAGCAACUUUCAUCUCGAGAUCCUGUCAAAGAUGUCCGAGCCUCCUCUGUCCGACUUCACCAACGGCGACUCGCUCGGCAGGGUACUGGGCGAGUACCAAGCUGAUCACGGCGAUUAUGGCAGCGAUGAAGACGGUGUACAUGAGAAGCUAGAGGUCAUCUUCGAUCAACAGGAAGCGCAAAGGCGGCGAGCUUCCCUUGUACCACAAACGGACGGAUCGAAGCGACCAUCAUCCCAGAGGCAGAGGACGUCUUGCUUUGUGCACUCACUACUAGAGGAGAAGUCGAAGGCUGGGCACUGGACACCGAGUGAGGAUGGGUUGACACAAGGGCGGCCGGCGGACAAAGAUACGCCAACGCAGCAUAAUGGGGAUGGCUCGCAUCGGCAUACGCAGUCGCGUUUAUUGACGAAGAAGCAGCUGAGUGACAUGGCGUUCGGUAUCCGUGAGCUGUCGAAAAAGCUUGGGCAUAUCAGGCUGCUACUGAAAGUGCGCAACGUCUUCAUAUUGACGAAAGCAUACGAUCAGAAACUUGUAGCGCACACCCGCGACGUCACCGAGUGGCUAUUGCGACAAAAGAAUGCAGACGGACAUUCGUACACAGUCUGGAUAGAAGAGACGAUGAGAGACAACAAGGUGUUCAACGCAGACGGCAUCAGUAAGCAGGACCCAAGCUACAAAGACCGAUUAAAGUACUGGGAUAACGAGCUAUGUCGGAAGAAGCCCGACACAUUCGAGAUUUGCCUAGCACUUGGUGGCGAUGGCACCGUGCUGUACUCAUCAUGGCUCUUCCAGCGUGUGGUGCCGCCAGUCAUGUCGUUCGCACUUGGCUCACUAGGCUUCCUUACCAAAUUCGACUUCGACAAGUACCCGGACAUUCUCGCCCGAGCGUUCCGUGACGGCGUCACAGUCUCGUUGCGCCUACGCUUCGAGGCCACAGUCAUGCACUCACGCAAGCGAUCGAGCGACGAGCAUAGCGCUUCUAGAGAUCUCAUCGAUGAGCUGAUCGGCGACGCGAGUGAUGACGUGACAACGCACGUUCCCGGACCAAGUCACAAUAUCCUUAACGACAUCGUCCUGGACCGCGGACCCAAUCCUACCAUGUCUUCCAUUGAGGUGUUUGGCGACGAAGAGCACUUCACAACGGUACAAGCGGACGGUAUCUGUGUCGCAACCCCGACCGGCUCAACAGCGUACAAUCUCGCGGCAGGGGGCAGUCUCUGCCAUCCAGACAAUCCAGUCAUCCUCGUCACUGCCAUUGCACCCCAUACCCUGAGCUUUCGACCCAUCAUACUGCCGGACACGAUAGUAUUGCGUAUAGGUGUACCGUAUGAUGCACGAGCGAGUUGUUGGGCGAGUUUUGACGGCAAGGAGAGAACCGAAUUAACGCCUGGCGACUACGUAACAAUAUCAGCAAGUCGUUUCCCGUUUCCAUCCGUGCUGCCGUUGGACCGGCGUAGCGAGGACUGGGUGGACAGCAUCAGCCGAACUCUGAACUGGAAUAACAGACAGAGGCAGAAGGCCUUCGACGACGCAAGCCACAAUCAGAAUGGGAAUGUUGGUUGAGAUCCGACUGCGAUGGCUCAAAUGUGGAAAAGUUUGACCAUAACAGAAGGAUACUCCUGCCGCACGAGUGCGAGCACCGCUUCACAGUGUGUGGGGUUGCCUGGUCCUAAAUGGGUUGCUCUCGAAUGCACCAGCUUUAGUGCCUGUUGUGGCCACAUGCAGCUGCCCUGACCAUGCGUCGAG